AUGAGCAUCGUUGUGCAAGGAGAAGCACCGGAGCCUAAAAAAUUUCGAUCAUCUCUACCUACUCAGGUAAUUGUGGAGAAGCCAACUUUUACAUACCAGAGCAGUGGUAGCCCUUUGGAUGAUGCAGCGAAUGGAGGUCAAUCACCUGCUGGUCCAUCCUCUGCCCGUUCAUCCAGCUCCACAUCAUGCAUCAAGGAAGAACGAGAACGAGAUGAUUUAUGCGCAAAUGGUAUUAGCAAUAGCAAUAGCAAUAGCAACAACAACCUGUUACAUCCAAGGAGUGGCCAAAGUCUUGUUGAUGCAUUUUCUACGGCAAUGAUUUUUCAGGCUACUAAUGCAUAUAUAAAACAAAUGCAACCAACGAAUCAAAAAAGUCGCGGCAAGUCAGCUACUCCAAGUGUACCACCAGGACCACCAAUUCCGGGUGCUAUAGCAGCAGCAUCAUCACCAGCAGCUGCAUUAUUCAGUGAAGAUGAUUGGUCUUGGCAUCGUAAUCCGGCUGCAGCUAUCCGGAGUGGUGGAACUAAUAAGCAGACACCGGUUUGGAAAUUCUUCGUUUAUAACAAAGCUGAAAAUUUGAGCAGAUGUAUUGUGGGUAAUUGUACGUAUGUAUUAAAAGGACCGCAUACCAGUACACUUGCAUGUCAUCUUAAAAAACAUCCACCGCAAUAUGUGGAGUAUCAAAAAUUAAAAGCUAUUUAUUCACGUGAUCGCCUAAAUAAUAUUAGCAGCAAUUCUUCUCAGAUGUCAGUUUCACCUGCUCCUGCAUCAUCCGGAUCCGGUAGCGCUACACAAUUAAACAAUAAUUGUAGCAGCCGUAGUAUGAAAACAGCUGGAAAUAAUUACAAUAAUGCUAGCGGUAAUGUUUUGCGAAAUCGUGCUCACGAUGGUUGUUCAUCAGGAAAUUCGCUCAAUUCUAUCAGACAUCAUACAUCCGUUUCAAAUGUUGCCGCUAAUUCCGGAAAACAAUCAACUCAUAGUGUUAGCAGUAUAUUGGACGUUCUAAAUGCGAGGGCAAGUGUAGCAGCUUUAGCUAGCGGAAAUGGUCAUUUGUUACAAAAUCCAAUUGCUGCCAUUUUCAAUAAUCCGGAAAAAGAUAAUGGAAAUAGCAGUGGUGGUGGUAGUGGUGGUAGUGGUGCUGCUAUUAGCAGCAUACGAAAUGCAUCCGGAAAUUCAUCAUCAAACAAAAAUAAUAGUUCAUUGGCAGAUGUGUUGACUGCGAAUUUAUUAAUGGCAGCGAGUGGUAGUGCGACAGGUAAUGCAGUAGGAAUUGGACGAAAAUGGAAUCGUGAAGAUCGGAAGCAGAAAGAAAUGGAAGUUAAAUUAGCACUAAUGCUUUCUGCUAGCCAACUUCCAUUGAACAUUAUCGAGAAUUCAUUUUUUCGUGAAUUCAUGGAAUAUGUUCAACCACGUUUCUCGAUACCACAUGACAUUAAUUAUAUGGAGGAAAUAAUCAAUACGGAACAUUCACGAUUGGUUAUCAAUUUAAAAAAUCAAUUAACCACCGCAAAAAAAGUUGCCGUUAUGAUCGAUGUAUUAAAAUUAAACACAUCAACAGCAUCCUCUGCUGCACUUUCUGCAAGUGUUGAUGAUAAGGAAGAAUCAAAAGAUUUGGAAUCAAAAGAUUCGACAUCUGUUAAUUCGGAUAGUGGCUUUGAAGUAUCCGAUGAGAAUCAAUCUGAUACAGAAACGCCAAAAUCAUCAGCCACACGAGCGGAAGGAAUGCGAUUAUUGGUUCGACUUUGUGUAUCUGUUGCCUUUCAUAGUCCAUUAGCACAACGAGUGGAAGUUGCAUUGCUCGGUGUUCGACCACUUACUGACCAAACAAAUAUGAUUGAUGCAGUGAAAUCUACAAUUGAACAGAUUCUUUCCGAUUUUGAUAUCACAACCGACAAAGUAUCACGUUAUCUCUGUAAUGAUGUAUACGAAUUAAUUGGAAUUAAUGCUUCGCCAGAAGAUGUCUUCCCUCGAAUGCUAGAACCAUACAAUCAAAAGUUGACGCAAUCGUUGUUGAACGUAAUAGAUGCAAAUGAGGGAAUUGAAGAACUGAAGAAAAGCUUCUAUAGCAUGAUUUUAAAUUUCGUCACAAGGCCAAAUGCUAUACAAUUGCUACAACAAGCUGUCGGACGUCCGGUAUCAAUACCCAUUGCUGAUUCAUUUCUUGUUCUUAUUGAUGCUAUUCUUGAACUCAAAGAUGCAUUCCUGUGUGUUUGUGCGCAGAUAUCUUUCGAAUAUCCUGUUGAAACAAUCAAUGAAUCUCAAUGGCAAGUUCUGGAAAAUGUUUCAAGAUUGUUGCGACUGUUUAACACCCAUAUGAACGUUGUACAGGAUGGUGUUUAUGCAACAAUUGAUGGUGUUGUUCCAUCAUUGAUGCAACUGCAAGUUUCUCUUGAGAAAGACUUUACUGCUCUUGGGAAUUUAGCAACUCAGUUGAAAACAGAUUUACAAAAGCGUACAGCAUCAAUAUUGGAUAUUACUGCUCCUGAUUUUGAUGGAACAUUCAUCCAAGCAACGGCAUUAAAUCCACAUUUAGCCCUAUUGUUGGAUGACGAACAGUUAGCAUAUGCCAGGAAUGCUAUCGAACAAGAGUUAAAUGAACGUAUGAGAUUAGCGGAAGAAAUAGUCGCUCGUCGUACUGCACGACUAAAUGGUGGCGUUGAUGCACUACUUGCAACGGUAACAGAUCGUGCAGCUGCUACUUCAUCACUAACACCAACUUCCGGUAUCAGUAAUAGUAACAAUUCAAAAAUUGGCAAUAGAAAUAUCAAUAAUAUUGGUAAUUGUGAUACGUCACUUUCAUGCCAGAAUAUUACAACAACAACUUCACUCUAUCCGGAUCUUAUUCAUGCUGCAAACGAACGACGAAAAAUGAUGAAGGAAAGGCAACAAGCUGCUGCUAAAAAUCGUUAUGCUGAAGCAAUUGUGCAGUCAUAUUUCGAUGAACUUGCU